UCUCUCUCACAUUCUCUCUCUACACGCCGUUUUGCUCAGCUCUCACUCCUCACGCUCUCUCUCAAACCCUAGAGACCGGACACGCUCCCAAUUUUCCAUGAUUCCUCUCGAUCUCUGCCACUGAACUUUUUCUCUUCUAUUUUCUAUCCGAGAUUUUUUCAAUCGGUGGUGAAAGGAGGAUCAUCGGAGAUACUCACACAGAGGCAGAUAGAUGGCGGCUUCCACCACAAGCCAGGUUUAUAUCGAUGUAAUCGAGGAUGUUAUGGUCAAGGUUCGGGACGAGUUCAUCAACAACGGUGGUCCUGGGGAGGACGUUCUCAAAGAGCUUCAAGCUAUGUGGGAAUCAAAGAUGAUCCAAGCUGGUGCGGUGCUCGGUCCCAUAGAAAGGUCUAUUGCAGCAAAGCCAACACCUGGUGGUCCAAUUACUCCUGUUCACGAUCUUAAUGUGCCGUAUGAGGGGACUGAGGAGUACGAAACUCCUACAGCUGAAAUACUUUUUCCCCCUACGCCAUUGCAAACUCCAAUUCAAACCCCUUUACCAGGAACGGGGGAUAGCUCAACAUAUAACAUUCCUACUGGACCAAGUGACUACACCUCUCCUGGAAAUGAUCCAGGGGGAAAUUCUGAUUUAAAAGGAGGAAGACCAGGUCCUUACAUGCAACCUCCUUCUCCCUGGAUGAACCAGAACCAGAGGCCUUCACUUGAUGUCAAUGUUGCUUAUGUGGAAGGGAGGGAUGAGGCCGAAAGAGGAACUUCUAAUCAACCUCUGACACAGGACUUCUUCACAAUGUCCUCAGGAAAGAGAAAGCGCAAUGAUUUGGCUUCACAAUAUAAUGGUGGUGGAUAUAUGCCUCAGCAAGAUGGAGCUGGAGAUGCUGCAUCUGGAAUUUUUGAAAUUGAGGUAUGUGGAGGGGGUAUCUCCAUGAAUUCACAUCACACUAUUUUUAAAGGGAAAAUGCCAGCAGAUUUGGACAGGUCGGCCUCUAGGAUUCCCCAGCUUGAUGGACCAAUUCCCUAUGAUGAUGAUGUGCUUUCUACUCCAAAUAUCUACAAUUAUGGAACAGUGUUCACUGAAGACUACAACAUUGCAAAUACACCAGCUCCUCCUGAAAUACCAGCAAGCACCCCUGCUCUCUUAGUUCAAAAUGAGGUGGGAAAUGAUGAUAACGAUGAUGAGCCUCCAUUAAAUGAAAAUGAUGAUGAGGAUUUGGAUGACCUGGACCAAGGAGAGGACCAAAAUACACAUCAUCUUGUUUUGGCCCAGUUUGACAAGGUGACACGUACCAAGAGCAGGUGGAAAUGCGCAUUAAAGGAUGGUAUCAUGCACAUCAAUAAUAAGGACAUUCUCUUCAAUAAGGCGACAGGAGAGUUUGACUUCUGAUUUUGUUGGUCCCAGUGCUUUAGUGAAGCAUAAUUCAGACGUGCGAUUGAGUGCUUGGUAAUCAAUCUUUGAUUAUAAUUAUUAAGUGAAGAUUGAGGAAGAGAGAAAUCCUUUAUAGUUUCGAGACUGUUGUUUUGAUGUUGGCCUCUUGUACAUAAAGGAUGCGCAAUUUUUGGCCUUUACAUGAUGGUUAGAUACUCAGGCAUUUCCUUAAUUCCACCAUUUGUCUAGUGUGUAGUUCCUUUAGUUCUGUAUACUUGGACAUUUUGGUUAAUUUAAGAAUUGCAUUGUAUGAUAGUCGUCGUUUAUUUAGGCUUGGUUUAAAUCGUCUGUCCCUCUUGCUUAGCUUUUGGACCCUAAAAACUGUGCAAGACUCUUUUUAAGUUCUGACAUACUGAUAUUGAUAUC